AUGUCGUCCACUGAAGAUUCAGAAGACAAUUCAUAUAGCCAACGACGAUUUUCAAGGGUGAAGCAAAGGCUAAAAGAUCGAUCAAGGAAAGUGGCUCAAACUAAAGAAAAAACUAAGGAGAUAUUGUCGAAACAAGCUGUGUUGAUCGCUAAACGUGCUGAGGAACAUGAAAGCUUCAUCACCAAGGUAACUCAUUUUCUGGGUGUCUUCUCAUACGGAGCGUUUUGUUUUAUCUUGGGUGCAAGGCCACAGGAUGUUAGAUACAUAUAUGUUUUGUUCUACAUCACCUUCGUGCCACUUCGAUGGAUUUAUUAUCGAUACAAGAAAUGGCAUUACUACCUUUUGGAUUUCUGCUACUAUGCCAAUACCAUCUUCUUGAUCAUGCUUUUGUUCUAUCCCAGAAAUCAAAAGCUUUUCAUGGUUACCUUCUCAUUUGCAGAGGGACCGCUAGCAUGGGCAUUGAUUGUUUGGCGAUGUAGCUUGGUUUUUAGUUCCGUUGACAAAAUUGUAAGCGUGUUGAUACAUCUUUUACCAGGUGUUGUGUUCUUUACGAUAUGCUGGUGGGACCCAGCGUUCUUUGAAGCCAUGCAUCUGGAGGGAGGCGCAAGCGGAUAUUCAUGGCAUGACAGAGAAGAUAGAUCAUUUCUGUGCACAUGGUUGUUCACGGUUCCGUUGAUUGCUUAUGUUCUUUGGCAGGUUCUGUAUUUUCUCAUAGUAGAUGUUCUUCGUCGACAACGCUUAUUAAAGGAUCCUGAAGUCAUGACUUCCUACAGGGGACUAUCGAAAAAGGCACAAAAGGCAAACAACGUGUGGUGGCGUUUAAGCGGGUAUCUUGGAGACCAGAACCGUUUGUUUAUGUAUAUUCUGCUACAAGCCAUUUUCACAGUAGCAACAAUGGCGCUAACGGUCCCAAUAUUCUUGUCGUAUGAGUUGCACCUUGUUUUCCAGAUACUUAAAGUUUCGGCAGCUGUAUGGAACGGAGGACAGUUUAUGGUGGAAGUUAUUCCACGUCAAGUGGUUCUCAAGGAGAAGAAAAAACUCGAGGUGUUGGCUCCGCCGCAAGAGAACCAACACCAAGAUUAAUGUAGAAUGUAUUCCUUUUCUUUUUAACUUUCGGUACGUUUCAUACUUUACACCGCGUCCUCUAUCUGUUCUGUUCUAAAGACGAAAGAACAAAUAGAGGUAGUAAA